AUGAAUGCGCGCCGGGCCCUGCUCUCCGCCGCCUUGCUCGCCGGCCUCCUCUGGGAUUUACCUUGCUGCCGCCCGGCCUCCCUCCCCGCCGCCGCAGAGCUGGCCAAGGGCGGGCGAGGCCGCAGGGCUCCGCGAUACCCCCGGGAGAGCCGGCCGCGGCAGGGGGCACAGCCCGGGGGCCGGACGCCCCCGCGGGCGGAGCCCCACGAGUACAUGCUGUCCCUCUUCAGGACCUACUCCGUCGCCGAGAAACUGGGCAUCAACGCCAGCUUCUUCCAGUCCUCCAAGUCGGCCAACACCAUCACGAGUUUCGUAGACAGGGGACAAGACGAUCUCUCUCCCGCUCCACUCAGGCGGCAGAAGUACUUCUUUGACGUCUCCACGCUCUCGGACAAGGAGGAGCUGGUGGGGGCCGAGCUGCGGCUCUUCCGCCGCCCCCCCGCCGGCCGCCCGCCGCCCGCCGCCGCCGCCCCUCUGCUGCAGCUCUUCCCGUGCCUCUCCCCGCGCCCGCUACACUCUCGCAGCAUGGACCCACGGGCGGCGGCGGCGGCGGGCUGGGAGGUGUUCGACGUGCGGCAGGGCCUGCGGGCGGGCCGGCCUUGGAAGCGGCUGUGCCUGGAGCUGCGCGCCUCGGCCGCCCGCGGGCCGCCGCCCCGUCGCUGGCUGGACCUGCGGGGCCUGGGCUUCGGGCGGCGGCCGCGGGCCCCGCAGGAGCGGGCACUGCUGGUGGUGUUCACGCGGGCGCGGCGGCGCAGCCUGCUCGGGGAGCUGCGGGCCGAGCUGGGCGCGCCCCCGCCCGCCGCCCGCCGCCCGCCCGCCCGGCGCCAGCGCCGCACCGCCUUCGCCAGCCGGCACGGCAAGAGGCACGGCAAGAAGGCGCGGCUGCGCUGCAGCAGGAAGCCGCUGCACGUCAACUUCAAGGAGCUGGGCUGGGACGACUGGAUCAUCGCCCCGCUGGAGUACGAGGCCUACCACUGCGAGGGCGUGUGCGACUUCCCGCUGCGCUCCCACCUGGAGCCCACCAACCACGCCAUCAUCCAGACCCUCAUGAACUCCAUGGACCCCGGCUCCACGCCGCCCAGCUGCUGCGUGCCCACAAAGCUGACCCCCAUCAGCAUCCUCUACAUCGACGCGGGCAACAACGUGGUGUACAAGCAGUACGAGGACAUGGUGGUGGAGUCGUGCGGCUGCAGGUAG